UGUAAAGUCAUAAAAAGGGUCGAGAAGUUCCUCUUUGGACACAAGAAACUUCGCCAAUUUCAGGCUUACUCUUUCUUUGUCCUUCAAGAGUUGAUCUUUAUCGGGCUUCUUCUGGCCCUCCUCGGGCUCAUGUUCAUCAAGAACGUCUUCACCUCCUUGCUCUUCUUUGUUUUCAUCUUUUGUCGGAUCACUUGUUCUCGGAUCUUCAGCUGUUGGAUCGCGAAUUUUGGUCGUGUGUGUGAUGGUGAGCAUUCCCAAGCUUUCAUGCGCUGGCAUCUCAAGCGUUUCGAAAAAAGCCUGACUGCGUUUGUCCUUGCGCAGUAUUGCCUCAAUGUCAGGGUGCAGGGUUCUUACUUUUUGCAUCGCUCGCUUCCGCCGGGCAUCGUCCUCGUUGUCGACCCUUGGAGCAUGUGCCGGACGCGUUCGCAGCUGUUCGAGAGUUGCACCGUGUUGCAAAAGUUGGGGGCCAUAUCUUGGCCACGAGUCCCUUAACGAGCGGGCCCCAUCAGGUGCCGUUUCGUUUCGUGUCCGGCUAUUCGAGUUACUUCUACGAAGCGGUGGCUGCCUCUCUAGGAUUAGCCAUCGCGUCGCUGGAGUCGCCAGGAGAUGUGUAUGCGAUAUUGGGCCAAGAAUGCAGCGUGUUGCAUCAUCAUCCACCGAGGCCGGACACCGAGUCUGA